AUGAAGCUUUCAGUUUCGUUAUCUGCUGUUUUGGCAGGCGUUCUCUGCAUGCUGUCCGUGCAGGAAGUCGAUGCCGUCCCUCUCAAUCAACGGGCCCCAAGAUUCGUCACUCUUCCUCUCAAGCGUGUCCAACUAGAAGGCCGCUCUGGUGUGCACGGACAAAUUUAUCUUCAGCAACACAUGAAUCGGGCGAUCCGGCGGUUGGCGCGUAUGACGAAGCGCGAGGAACCGUCUCAUGACGACCUCUACUCGAGAAUGGAAAGGCGAGUUCUCGCCAUCGAGGGACCCGAAGGCCUUGAGAAUUUGGAGAGGCGUUACAACCGCAUCGGUGUACCGAAAUUGGCACAGACUACGAAGACGCCCCUGAAAAAGGCGACGACUAAAAAUGCGGUAGCUCCCAAGAAGGCCACGACGAAAAACGCGGUAGAUCCCCCCCAGAAAGCCACGACUAAAAACGCGGUAAAUCCCCCACAGAAGGCCACGACUAAAAACGCGGUAAAUCCCCCUCAGAAUGCCACGACUAAAAACGCGGUAGAUCCUCCCCAGAAGGCCACGACUAAGAAUGUUGCAUCUCCCAAAAAGCCGGACACACUUGCAGCAGAACUUUUUAGCCAAAAGUCCCAGGCUCAUGAGGGUAACACCAAACCCACGAGCAAAGGCCUCCACAAGGACAAUGGACAGAGCAAGGGUAAUAAUACUAUCCCCACAGGAACUAUUCUUGCAGUUGCUGUGCCUGAGGUCACCGCAGACACUGGUGAUGUGGCUUUCGCUGCUGUGAACCCUACAGCGAGUGAUUCUUUGGGUCUUGACAUUGAGGCCCAAGAUGUAGGAUAUCUCGCCACCGUUCAGAUCGGGACCCCUCCUCGAGACUUUCUGAUUCUUAUGGACUCUGGCUCCGCUGACUUCUGGGUUGGUGCCGAGAACUGCGUAUCUGAAGGUGGAGGUGGUUGCGGACAACACAACUUUUUAGGCCCACAAAGUAGCUCGACAUUUGUCAGCUCCGGAAACACUUUCUCUGUUACUUACGGGACUGGUGAUGUAUCUGGAGAUAUCAUCACGGACGAUAUCACACUUGCAUCCCUUGCUUUGCCUGGCCAUCAAUUCGGCGUGGCUACUUCCGAGAGCGUUGAUUUCUCUGCUGAUACAACUCCAUUCGAUGGGUUGAUGGGUCUUGCAAAAUCCACCCUUUCUGAGCAGGGAGUCUUGACCCCUGUAGAGUCACUUCACGAAGCUGGCUUGAUUUCGGAAUCUAUUGUCUCGUACAAGAUUUCACGUUUGGCGGAUGACAAGAAUGAUGGAGAGAUCACUUUUGGUGCUUUGGACCCUGCCAAAUUUGUUGCCGGGACUGAGGUCACUCUUCCGAAUGUCAACGCCCAAGGCUUUUGGGAAGCUGAUCUCCAGACAAUCUCGGUUAACGGACAAGACACUGGUCUCACUGGCCGUACCGCUAUUCUCGACACUGGAACAACUCUCAUCGUCGCUCCUGCUGCUGAUGCACAAGCAGUUCACAAUCUCAUUCAAGGCGCUAAAUCCGAUGGCCAAGGAGGAUUUACUGUUCCUUGCACUUUGACGGAUAGCGUUGCACUUACAUUCGGCGGGUCUUCCUUUGCUAUUGAUCCCAGAGACAUCGCCUUCACCCCCGUUGAUCCCAACGACCCAACGGGUGACUGUGUCUCUGGUAUCACCUCUGGUGACAUUGGGGGGGCAGACGAAUGGCUGGUCGGUGAUGUAUUCCUCAAGAAUGCAUACUUCUCGACAGAUGUCACUAAGAAUAUUAUAAUCCUGGCUCAGCUCGCUUAA